AUGUCAUCGACAAAGCUACCCACGUUGCUUUCGUUGCUCGUCCUAGUCCUGGUGGCAACUACGACAUCAGCUGCACCGUGGCAUCUCCGACGAACGCAAGAAGACGACUUGAAGUGGUUUGAAGGAGACAUUGACGAGAGGUAUGAUUAUUUGCUGCCACUGGCAGGGCCACAAGAAAUCGUGGGAGGCUCUCCUGCCAGUUCUGGGGAGUUCCCGUGGUUCGUCUCACUCGAGUAUGAAGGACAGAUCUAUUGUGGAGGGACCUUGAUUUCUGCGAAUAGGGUACUUUCAGCAGCUCACUGCUUUCUCUCAAGCUCGGGAAGCAUCUUCCUCCCGACGCAGAUAAGAGUAGGUCACACGACCACUUCCGACGGCGAGACUGUCACACCGAGCUGUGUCUCUAUUCAUCCUGACUUUGGAUACGACUUAAAAGGAGUCUACAGCGACCUUGCGGUCCUUUCACUUUCUUCCCCGGUCACAACGGUUACCUCCUUCGUGGUUCUCAACAGCGAUACAAGCCAUCCGUCAAGUGGGGAUUUAACCGCGAUUGGGUUUGGACGCACUUCUACAGAUGGCCCCACUUCGAGUUCGCUCUUGAAGACGACAGAAGCCUUCGUCAGCGAAUCAACCUGCAAGGAGGCCUGGGAGUGUGUUAGCUCAACUUAUCAUGUAUGCGCAGUGGGCGCUUCCAAUAAUGGUGUUUGUAAAGGUGACUCAGGAGGUCCUCUCCUAGAUAGCGCGAAGGUUCAAGUUGGCGUAGCUUCAUUUGUGGGUUCCGAUGGGUGCGGAACUUCAACACCAGAAGUCUUUGCAUCGGUAGCAUCCUUCCAUACAUGGAUUCAGGGCGAGUUGACAUCUGGAACUUGCACUUCUAGCCACACGCUGAAUACAGCUACUCCGUGCUCAUGCGUGUGCCUGAUUCAGCGCGCUUUCAUUGAUGCCACAAGUUUUUUUGGGAGCUAUUUCGACUAA